AUGGGUGGUGACAAGGGAGGGGUAAAAGAAGUAGAAUGGAGGAUCAAGAUAGAAGAUGAUGACACUCUAAAGGGAGUAGUAGUUGGUUGCAUGUGGGCAAUUACAGCAGGGCUAGCUUUGAAAUUGUGCAAGUUUGGGAAGAAAGCAUGGGAAUUGGGGGUGAAUGACACUAGAAAAAUCAUCCAUUGCUUGAAGGUAGGUGUGGCACUUUCGGCUGUUUCUCUCUUCUACUACUUGAAGCCUUUGUAUGAUGGCGUUGGAGGAAAUGCUAUGUGGGCAGUGGUCACAGUGGUUGUAGUUUUUGAGUACACAGCCGGUGCUACGAUAUAUAAAACUGUUAACAGAAUGUGUGGAACUUCCCUUGCCGGGUUUUUAGCCAUUGGUGUGCACUGGGUAGCUAGUAAAGCAGGGGAGCAAUUGGAGCCCAUAAUUGUUGGUGCCUCACUCUUUCUAUUAGCUUCUGCAGCAACAUUCUCCAGAUUCAUCCCCACCAUAAAGGCUCGUUUUGAUUAUGGUGCUAUGAUAUUCAUCCUCACUUUCAGCUUGGUUUCAGUAUCGGGAUAUAGGGUUGAUGAAUUGUUGGGUAUGGCACAAUACAGAAUGUCCACAAUUAUAAUUGGCAGUAUAAUGUGCAUAAUCGUCAGCGUGACCAUUAGUCCCAUUUGGGCUGGUCAGGAACUUCAUGUCUUAGUCACUGGGAACCUUGACAAAUUGGCCAACUCCUUAGAAGGUUGUGUGGCACAGUACUUCGAUAGUAAUGAGGCCCCAGAAGCGGGAAGUGAUGAGGAAUCUAACAAAAAGUUACUAGGCUACAAGUGUGUGCUAAGUUCCAAAGCAACAGAAGAAUCUAUGGCUAAUUUAGCUAGAUGGGAGCCUGCCAGGGGCCGCUUCAACUUCCGCCACCCAUGGAAGCAAUAUGUUAAAAUUGGGGCAUCAAUGCGUAGCUGUGCUUCCUGCAUAGAUGCUUUGAUUGGAUGUAUAAACUCAGACAACAAGAGCUCUGAUGAAAUGAAGAAGAAUAUGAGCAGCAUCUGCAUGAAAGUGGGUGGAAACACGGGGAGUGUGAUAAGAGAGCUAGCAAGUACAAUAAGGAAUAUGACAAAAUCAUCUAAAGUUGAUAUUCUGGUUACAGAGAUGAAUAGUGCAGCAGAAGAGCUAAGGAACUUACUAAAAUCUAAUCCAAACUUGGUUAAUCCACCGUCACAUAAUGCUGAAGGUAUCGAAAUCCCACUGAUGGAAAUAAUUCAAGUGGUAACAGUAGCUUCUUUGCUUAUUGAAAUUGUGGGGCGUGUGGAAGGCAUUGUGAAAGCCGUAGAAGAACUAUCUCAUUUAGCUGAAUUCGAACCAGCUUUAUGCGUCAAAUCCAACACACAUAAAUAUGAUGAAGCUAUCAGUACACUCCAUAUGGUUUGA